AUGCCCGUAAAAGACUGCAGAUAUGUGGAAACAUUUGAACAGACUCCUCUGAAACAAAGAUUUUUGGAUGUCCAUGAUGAAGUAAAGAGUUAUCAAGAAGUAGCUAAUGCUAUUAUUAACCUGUCUGUCAAUGGAAGAGCAAGAAAUCAGUCCUAUGAUAGACUAGCUACUUUUGUUGACACGUUUGGUAGCAGAAUAGCUGGCUCACAGAACUUAGAGAAUGCUAUUGAUUAUAUGUUAGAUGAACUACAGAAAGAUGGAUUGGAUAAUGUUCAUGGUGAAGAUGUUACUGUUCCACACUGGGUUAGGGGAGAGGAAUAUGCUACAAUGCUUGAGCCUAGAAAUCACAAUCUGGCCAUGCUAGGUCUAGGAUCCAGCAUAGCUACACCAGAAGAUGGUAUAACAGCUGAGGUUUUAGUUGUACGCUCCUUUGAUGAGUUACAUCAGAAAGCUGGUCAGGCCAAAGGGAAGAUAAUUGUAUAUAAUCAGAAGUGGGUCAAGUAUGGUAUUUCUGUGGAGUACAGAUCACAUGGUGCUGUGGAGGCAGCUAAAGUUGGUGGUGUGGCAUCAUUGAUAAGGAGUGUUACUCCAUUAUCUAUUAAUAGUCCACAUACUGGGUGGCAGGAUUAUGAUAAUAAUGUAAAAAAGAUCCCUACUGCCUGUAUAACUGUAGAAGAUGCUGAAAUGAUGGACAGAAUGCAACAGAGAGGUUAUAAGAUAGUGGUGAAGUUAAAGAUGAGUGCCAAAACAUUACCUUCAGUGACAUCCAGGAACACUAUAGCAGAAAUCAAAGGCAGUACCUAUCCUGAACAGAUUGUGUUGGUCAGUGGACAUUUAGACAGUUGGGAUGUAGGACAAGGUGCUAUGGAUGAUGGUGGUGGAGCAUUUAUAUCAUGGCAGGCACUAUCAUUGAUCAAGCAGUUAGGAUUACGACCAAAGAGAACAAUUAGACUGGUGAUGUGGACUGGCGAGGAAGAAGGUGGUUUUGGUGGCAAUGAAUAUUACAACAGACACAAAAAAGAUAUAGCUAAUUAUGAUAUGGUUUUAGAAUCAGACGAGGGUACAUUUACAGCACUAGGAAUGAAUUUUCAAGGAAACCACAAAGCUAUGGAAAUAAUGGGUUCCAUUGUUGAUUUAUUAAAACCUAUCAAUGCCACAGCUUUAAAGAAAGGAGGUGGAGGUGAAGAUAUAACUCUGUGGAUGAAUGCAGGAGUUCCUGGUGGCAGUUUAAUGAAUGCUAAUGAAAAAUACUUUUAUUUUCAUCAUACAGAUGGUGAUACAAUGACAGUACAGGAUCCUGUGGCAAUGAACCUCUGUUCAGCAGUUUGGGCUGUUGUGGCUUAUACUGUUGCUGACCUAGAAGAAAUGCUACCUAGAUAAAUAUUUAUCUCUAAAAAAUAUCUUGUUAACUUAAAUUGCUGAUCUUGAAGAAAUGUAUCCCAGAUAAUUAUUUAUCUCUAAAAUUUAUCUUGUUAACUUUGUUGAUCUUGAAGAAAUGCUUCCCAGAUGAAUAUUUAUCUCUAAAAUUUAUCUUGUUAACUUAAAUUGCUGAUCUUGAAGAAAUGUAUCCCAGAUAAUUAUUUAUCUCUAAAAUUUAUCUUGUUAACUUUGUUGAUCUUGAAGAAAUGCUUCCCAGAUGAAUAUUUAUCUCUAAAAUUUAUCUUGUUAACUUAAAUUGCUGAUCUUGAAGAAAUGUAUCCCAGAUAAUUAUUUAUCUCUAAAAUUUAUCUUGUUAUCUUUGCUGAUCUUGAAGAAAUGCUAUCUAGAUAAAUAUGUAUCUCUAAGAACUAUGUAUAUUUAAUCUAUAAGAUAAUCAAUUUUAACUGUAUAAAAUUCAUGCAUUUAAUGUUCAGGAUUAUGCUCAUUGUGAUAGAGACUGUUCUGUUACUCACUCACGGUAAUUGAAAAAUUAAAAACAUUUUUUUAUUAUUCAAGUCUUACCUGAAAUUUAUAUGAACAUGUCUAUUCAGUUUUAUGAUUUAUUUAUGUGCUAAUGUAUAAAUAGAAUAAUACAAAUUAUCUCUACUUUGUAAGUAGCCAUUUGUGUGUUGAGGAAUUUAUGAAUUAGAAAAUUUUUAUGAAACAAAUUAGAAAAAUUCAGACAUGCCAACUUAUCCAAUUUGUGUGGGAUUAUUCCCAAUGAAGAUGUUGACCUGACUCUUGAAAUCUCCUCUAUUUUACUCAAAAAGGAUUUCAAAAUGGUUAAAAUGGCAUUUAAGCACAUAUAUAAUCAUUCAAGGCCUUGUGUAUUAGAUUAGGAUGUGUAAAGAGAUAUAUAAGGUCCUCUUGUUCAUAAAUUCCACAUGAAGAUUUUGGCCCUCCUUUUCUUUAGGGGAAAAAUCCCAUAUCAAGCUAUACUUAAGUAACCCUGACAUAACAUUUGCUCUACCAUAAUUGUACCUUACAGUUAUCCUUAAAGUAAAGAAAGUCAGAUUUUGAGAAGUUGGUAGGUAUGUAUAAUUUAGGUAUCAUCGAUGAACAAAAUCAUGGUAUAUUAGCUUUUAUAUUAGAUUCCUUAUGAAGUUUUCUUGUUAAUUUUUUUUUUGUAUACAAGUUAUGUAUUUAAAAUGUGAUUUAUUUGUUUAUUUAUUGUUUGCACAAUUUGCCUUUUGUACAAUAGUUUCAGUCCUGAUCAAUGUAAUUUUUUCAACCGGAUAUGGCAACAAUUUGAGAAAGGACCAUGCAGUAUCUAAGGUUAAAAAAAGUAUUUUUUUAUACAUGAAAUUGUCUACAUUCCUUAUAAUUGUUAUAUAAUAGUAUCAUUAGUAAAUGUGUUGUUUCAUUUUAAUUUAUUAUAAGUUAUACUAUGUUUUAAAUUGACAUAUAAUUCAUGGAAUUUUCAUAAUGGUUUAAAUACUUUAAUACAUUGGAGUACUGUGAUUUCAUUUAUUUUUGUGGAUAUUUAAUUUCAUGGUUUUGCAAAAGUCUGCAUACAAGCCUAGAGAAAUAUGUACUUAUUUUGUACAUAAAUCAGGCUGUAAGAACCCCCCUUCUUUUUGGUGAUCAAUGCUUUUGAAUGGGGAGAUAUGGUUUGAAACCCCCCCCCCCCCCUCCCCCUUUAUCCUGGGUUGGAACCCCCCUUUUAAAAAUGGCUGAAUCUGCCCAUGUAUUGUCAUACAAAGUUUGCAUUUUUUAUAUGUAUUGUAUAUGAGACUAUUGAUUAUUUUCAUGACCUGUCUUUGAAUCUCAAACUAUCUUUAUUUAACUGGUCUUGGAGGGCAGCGGAAGCAUUUUUAAGAGAGCAUAAGGGGAAAUCAAAAAUCUAAGUGAUUAUAUUGAUCAUUUUAGAGAAACUUAAUUUACAUUUCUUAGCUAGUUCUAUCUAAAUUUUUUAUAUAAAAAAAGAUUGUCUUACAGAGUUAACAAAAUUAAAGCAGUCCUAAGUAACAAGAAAUAAGUGUGUAUAAAAAGAAAACAGUUUUACCUUUACUCCUCCAUGCAAAAAAAUCUAAAAAUGCCCAAAUCCUCUUUUAUAUAUGAAGGUGUUAAAUUUAUUUCAAAUUGAAAUACUCUGUAUUCUGAUAGCAACAUGGGUAAGAAUACUUACAAAAAAAAUUAAAGUAUGAUAAAUAUUUUUAUUUUCAUCUUACAGAUGGUAGUUAUGUCCCUUUAUGAUAAAGAAUUCUUAUAACAAUUUUAAGGAUCUAUAAGGUUUUUUUUGUAUAUUAAAAUUUCUAACAAAUUACUCUAUUUCUUUAAAUUAUUAAACUACCCGAGGUUUUAAGACAACCUCAGUAUACUACAGUAUCCAUCCAGCUUGUACUGUUAGAAGGUGUUGGUUCACUCGUGUAUAUCUUUAAAUUAGUGUUAACUUUUAUAAAAUAUGGUUGAUAAAUUGCUUCUGCAUUUCAAGAUCUUUUUUGUCUCAUCUCUGACAAAUGCUGCAGACAGCAAGACAGUUCUUUCAUCAGUGGCAACAAUGACAGUAUAACUUUUACAAUGCUUUUUCAUUUUAGAAGAGCUAGUUCAUUUCAUAUUUUUAAAAAUACCUUAGGCUCUGAAGUUUUUGUCUGGCAAAUGUCAGCUUUCCUGAACUUCAUUCAACAAAGACACACACCAUAAUAUCUCUGUUUAAGUUUUCAUGAUGUGGUGGUUAUUCUCAGAAAUUGGAAUGUCUAAUUCCACAACAUAAUCUUUUAUAAUAACUUAGAUGUUUCACUUGAGGUCUAAGUCCAUCAAACUCAAAGCUUAAUUCAUGUUUCAGAGUUCAGUAACUCAUGUUUAGUUUUUUUUGUUUUAGCCAAUAUAUGUUAUUACAAAGUUAUCAUUUAGAAUCACCAAAUUAUGUACUGUGUAAAUAGCUGCCUAACAGGGGUCACUUGAUAAUCAUAUUGACCUUGUUUCAUUGUCAAGUGAAUCACUUUGUAGAUUGGUCAGUUUCUCAGCAACUUUCAGUAAUAGGUCAACCAUAUUUUGCCUACUUGUUCAUAGUCAGGCAUACCGUGGAUUCAUAAUCAUUAAUGGGAUACCAAAUUUCAUGGAUUUCUUCAGCAUAGGUGAACCAUUAAUUUAAAUGUUUAAUGAAGUACAAGUUUUUUAUAGGCAUGUAUGCAGACUUUUUAUGAUAAGGUCAGUUUUUAUGAAUCUCCGUGUAAGUCUAAUUCGUGUUUGUGGAGAUAGACCUUGUACCAGUCUUUCCACUCCAAUCUUGUUAAUAAUCUGAAUGCUUAUUAUGACUUUUAUAAAUUUAAUAAAAUCAUAUAUUUUCUGAA